UAUUUUAUCGAUUCGUUUGUUUUGAUCAUCAUUGAAUAAUAAUGCAUAUUUAGUGGCAGCAACAUUUCAUUUCGAAUUCGAAAAAACUUGAACUUGAAAAAUGGAUUUAAUCAACGAUCAUGAGAACUAUGAAGAUGAUUCACUUGAAGAUGAACAAGAUGUAAUUGAAAUACCUGAAUCACCAAUGACUGUCGAUAUGAAUAAUGAUAAUUAUUCCAUCCGUGAUUGUUUUGUAUCAAAACAACAAGAAAUGAAAAAUUCUUUAUUCACAAAUGUAUCAGACCAUCCUGGUCUUCCAUCGGAUAUUAUAGUGAUUGAUCAACCUGGAAAAAUUAUAGAUAAACGCAAUAGAAUUCGAAUGAAAAGCAGCACAUUUGGUCGAAUGAAAUUCAAAGAUUUUAAACAAGCCAAAAAGAAAAUUGAAUCAGAAAAAUCUUUUAUAAAAUCUGUAAACAAUGUAUGCUCAAUGUCUGUAACGAAAAAUAUGAAAAAAGUGAAGAAUACGUUGGCUGUUUUGAUGUCAAAUUUUGAUAAAAUGGACCACCACUCAACAUCUACAAGACAAGAUGAAUCUAUCUCUGAAAAUCUUCUCAAAACAAAUGAAACAAUUAUUCAAUCUCCACAAAUGUUGGCUGAGAAUUCAUUUUUUUCAAAUGAAUCGAAUCAUUUAUCGGAAUCGAAUAGUAGCGAUUCGAUUGAAAGCGAACAAAUACUCAGCUCCAUCUCAUCAAAUCAAAUGAAUCAUAAUGACUUUAAUCAUAAUGAGUCGAUUUCACGCCCUUUAGUUAGUGCAAAUGAAUCAAUACUUGAUUACCAUAGUAUUGAUGAUGACGAUGAUUAUGAUGCACCAACUAUCUUGGCGGAUAAAACCAUAGAUCCAAAUCAAUCACAAUUCAAUGAAACAACUUUGUUGGAAAAUUCGUCAAAUAUAAUUAAUGAAACCAUAAUUAUGGAUGAUGAUUCUUUAGAUUCUACUUCAUCUUCUUCCACUGGUGAUAAAUGUCCAAUAUCAUCAGCAGUAACGACAAAUGAAAAUAUUCAACCAAAAAGUAGCCGAGAUGAUUUUUUCAAUCAACAUGAUGAUGAUGAUAAUGAUACUGGUGAAAUCAAAUUAAAAGUUUUCAAAGAUAAAAAAUCAGCCAAAAUAAAACAAACAGAAGGCGAACAAAAUGUUCAACCGAUUAUCGAACGUGAUUAUCAAUGUGAUGGUUUGUUUAGAUUAUUGUGUCAUAAUUGCCAAAAUUAUUAUGGAUCAAGACAAUUAUCAGUGACUAAAUUGCAUUCAUUAUUGGAUGAUUGUGCUAAACAUCGUGGCUAUCGUUCUGCAUAUCGUUCACCACCACGUUUUUGGGACAUGGAUUUCAUCGAUAAUGAAACCAAUUCCAUAAAUGAUGAACAAACAAAAAAGAAUAAUGAAAAUCGAAAGAAAAAAUCUUAAAUAAAACAAACAAAAAAAUUUUUCUUGAAACUUGGCGCGCGCUCUUUUCGAGACAGCGCCCAAAUUUUACCCAUGUCUGUAUAAAUAGCCACAAUUCUUGCAAACAAGAACAAAAAAAAAAUUCCAAAGCAUUUAUUUCAUUUGUAUUAUAAUUUUAAUGUUUGUUUGAUUGAUUUAAGAUUUUAUUCUGUGAAAAAAAAUUAUUCUAAAGUGGUCUAGAGACGAUAUAUAACACCACAAUGACUAUAAAAAUUGAUGAAAGAAAACGAGAAUUGUUGAUAAAAUAUAUGAUUAAAAAAUUUGAUAAAAUAUUUUCAA